UUUCUCUGUGUAGCUUUGCGCCUUUGCUGGAACUCACUUGGUAGCCCAGGCUGGCCUCAAACUCACAGAGAUCCUCCUGGCUCUGCCUCCCGAGUGCUGAGAUUAAAGGCGUGCGCCACCACCGCCCGGCACCACUGUCAUUUUAUACAGCCAGGGAAUGUACCUGCCUUCCCACUUCUACUGCCACCAUCAACCCCCACAGAACACCCAAAGUUCCAUCUCCCGGGUGAUUGUAGUUCUGUCAAGCAGGCCAUGAACACUAACCAUCUAACUGGACGACAUGUCUGUUGUCCAUCCCAUCACAGAUUCAGGUCAUUCUUUAAUGCAAUCUCCCUGGCAAUGGCAAUGUUAAAGCCUUACCCUGGGCAACACUUGAAGACCCACCUCAUCCAUGGCUGUGGCCUAGACUCUAGUGCAUCCUGCUGACAUCCCCACAUAACAUUUCCACGUCCUCACAAUGUCCACUCAACAUCACCCAGGGGCCUCACAUUCAACAGGUCCACGGAGGCCAUGCUCUAUACGCAGGCUGAGAUCUGGACCCCAACCAAACAGUGCACGCUCCCCGGCCUCCCACACUGCUUUGGUCAAGCCCUGGACAGCUUUACUGGACUGCAGCAGACAAGCAAAGGUGCCCCUUCUCCUUCCCGCCUAUGCAGCUGUGGCCAUGGGAGUGGUCUUAAAAAUACUGUCCAGGAUGUCUCCCUGAAGGUUAACCUUCCUGUCUUCCAAGAAGACUCCUCCGGACAGCAUCAGCGGUGGUGCUGCAGCAGCUGCAUGCCUCUCCAUCUCUGGAUCCCAAUGGCCUCUGCGGCUCAUCUUGUGGGCCUUGCCCUUUCUGAUUGCCUGAUGUGCCCCACAUCCCAGCCCCUGGGCCUAACCCAUGCCUCACUUUCAGAUCUGGGCUCAACCACACUGGAUUCUCCACCAACUCCCACCCACACCUGCCAUCAGUCCAGGGGCAGGCACUUGGAAAAGGCCUCACAGAGACACCUCACCCUUUGGGCCAGGAUGUCCUUCUAGGUGAUGCCUGCCCUCUGCCACAUAGCUGGCCCCAUGGUGAGCCCGUUCAGAGCAGUCAAGAGGCUGUUGUCUGGCCUUUCUUUUCCAGGCCCAGAGCAAAGCCUAAUGUUCCUUAAGCAUGUAUCCACAUAUUUAUAUCUGUGUUCUUUUGCGGGGAGGAGGAUCAAGACAGGAUUUCUCUAACAGCCCUGGCUGUCCUGGAACUAUCUUUAUAGACCAGACUGGCCUCAGACUCAGAGAUCCGCCUGCCUCUGCCUCCUGAGUGCUGGGAUUAAAGGCGUGGGCCACCAUGCCUGGCUCAUCUGUGUUCUAGCAUACUGGUAAUGCUAUAGUGCCCCCAGAAUCUUCCAGAAAACAUGGCUCUCACCCAUUCACUUCACAAAUGUGCUUCAGGCAUCUAUGCAUUCUUGGAGAGUGUUCAGCAAUUGAAUCAUCUUCUCUUCCCGGUGAAACUCAGAACAGAAAGAUUAACUGACUCUGCCGAGGUCACACAGCAUGACCUUAUGAGUGAUUCUGCCUUAUGCUGGAAGCCAAAGUGACUCCAUCUCUCACCUUAGUGAAGAAAAUCCACCUCUUGCUGAAACCACAGAGUCCUGGCAGGUUCACUCACACCUUGAGAGGCUCUGGGCAAAGAACUAAGUCCCUCAGCAACCUUCACAUUUGGGGCUUUAGUUAACAAACUUGGAGGAAGGCCAACCAGCAGCUACUCAUGUUCUGCAGGUAGAAAGGGAACCUUGGGUGCCAGUCUCCUACCUCGUGUAGUAUCAGAAACUCCACUUGCUCUGCCCUUCCCAGCUUCAGACAGACUGAGCCUCCAGUACCAGGGCAGAGACUUUGGCUCCAAGGCUCCCACCCCUAGAGGAAAGAUGAACCAGUUUCCUGCACAGUCCCUGCUCCUGAGUAGGGGCGACAGUUUUAGAAGCAGACAUUCUGGACCAGUUGGGGCACAUGAAACACUCAAAUCUAGGUUACCUGUUGCGUGGGGAGGGGUCUGAGCUGAGACUGAGGCCCCAGUCGCACAUCAACAAGGAGUCUAGACACUUCCCUUCUCCAGCGAUCUCUGGAAUCUGCCCUCAAAAUCUAGCUCCUCCUCUCCCCAGACAAAACUGAGAAAAUCCAUCCUAUUCUUCCACUAGGACAAGACUGGGGAUCUUUCACCUGAGAAGUCAAGGCUGUCCGUCCUAAGCAAAAGGUGUUUCAUCCUAAACACCGGUCCUCACCUCAAACCAAAACUUGAGACCACAGGAGCCACACUGGGACGCACUUGGUGGUGAAGCGACAGACUUGGGUAAGGGACUAGAUGCCUUUGGGAAGGUGAUAACUCAACUCGUAGGGCCAGACCUCUGAUCAUCUAGUGCCCGAAGGAGAUCCCCGCUGAGAACUCCCGCUUGGCUGGCUCCUGUGGGUGAGAUGGCAGUUGUGGCACCAAGAAGCAGGCAAGGCGCUCCCGGGUCCCGCGGUUCCCAUCUCCCGGCUUGUAGGUCUGCAUAGCGAGUGGAGCGGAGUGGGGCAGCUGGUCCCCUCUGAUUGGAGGACGCGAAGUCCCAGCGGGCACCUCCGCAGCUUAAAAAACGAAGCCCGGACGAGCAGGAGCUAGAGCGGCCCCGGCCGGCCAUGCGCCUUGGCGAGGAGGUGCAGAAGGGGUGGCGGCCGGAGAGGCCACGCGGAGGCCCAGGGACCGACAGACGGCCGGGCAGCCGGACGCGCCCGCAGGGCAGAAAGCUGCACUGAGAUAGUAGGCUCCAGAGGGUCAUGGCGGAGCUCAAGUCGCUGUCUGGGGACACGUACCUGGCACUGAGCCACGGCUACACCGCGACCGGCCACGCCUACGCAGCGGCGCGCGGACCAGAAACUACACGAGGCUUUGGUGCAUCCAGUCCAGGUGGCGACCUCCCCGCGGCGCCUGCUUCCCGCGUCCCUGCCGCGACGGUCGAGAGCAGUGGGGAACAGAGCGGCGACGAGGACGACACCUUCGAGAGGCGGCGGCGGCGGCGAGGGCCCGGGGUCUCGGUGGAUGCACGGCGGCGGCCCCGGGAGCAGCGCUCGCUACGGCUGAGCAUCAACGCACGCGAACGGCGGCGAAUGCACGACCUGAACGACGCGCUGGACGGACUGCGCGCAGUCAUCCCUUAUGCGCACAGCCCGUCGGUGCGCAAGCUCUCCAAGAUCGCCACGCUGCUGCUGGCCAAGAACUACAUCCUCAUGCAGGCUCAGGCCCUGGAGGAGAUGCGGCGGCUAGUGGCCUACCUCAACCAAGGCCACGGCCUCGCUGCGCCUGUGGCCGCCACGCCACUGACCCCCUUCGGCCAGGCAGCAGUCUACCCGUUCUCGGCGGGCGCGGCGCUCGGGCCCUGCCCAGACAAGUGUGCCGCCUUCUCCGGAUCGCCCUCGGCACUUUGCAAGCACUGCGGCGAGAAGCCCUGACG